AUGUGGAAAUCUUACAGAAUCAACAGAUAUUUGCUGCUGGUUCUAAUGGACGCUGAGCGAGCCUGGAGUUAUGCCAUGCAGUUAAAACAGGAGGCGAAUACUGAACCACGUAAGCGCUUCCACCUGUUCUCUCGGCUCCGGAAAGCUGUCAAACAUGCCGAGGAGCUGGAACGCCUGUGUGAGAGCGACCGUGUUGAUGCAAAAACAAAAUUGGAAGCACAGGCAUACACUGCCUAUCUUAAGGGCAUGCUGAGUUUCGAGCUACAGGAUUGGAAAGGUGCUAUGCAGGCUCUGCACAAAUGCAAGACAAUCUAUGAAAAGUUAGCUAGCGCAUUUACAGAUGAACAGGCAGUACUAUACCAUCAGCGUGUGGAAGAGAUCUCACCCAAUAUACGUUACUGCGACUAUAAUAUAGGUGACCAGUCUGCAAUGAAAGAACUGAUUCAGAUGCGAAUGAAAUCGGGAGAGACUGGAGGGUUGCUGGAUUCCCUGCUAACGCAGACAAGAGCAAAGCAUGCUGCCACUAUGAGUGAAGUGAAGUGGAGGGGCCGGGUCAUCCCAGUGAAAAUCGAUAAAGUACGGAUCUUCCUCCUUGGACUGGCAGACAACGAGGCUGCAAUUGCACAGGAACUCUUUCUUUAUUUUGUCAGUCUGUCUGCCAUCGUAGGUAGAAAGAAAAUGUCACAUGCCACCAAUCUAAAGAAAAGCAAUGGAGGGUUUUCCUCUUAUGGAAAAUAA